CUGCGGGGCGGGCAGGCAGGUGAGGGCCGUGGCCGUGGCCGUGGCCGGGCGGGCAGGCAAAAAUGUCACAGGUUAAACAAGUGGGCCUUUUAGCUGCUGGAUGUCAGCCGUGGAACAAAGAUGUGUGUGCUGCUAGUGGGGACAGAUUUGCCUACUGUGCUACCCUUGCUAUUUAUAUUUAUCAGCUGGAUCACCGAUACAAUGAAUUCAAGCUCCGGGCAAUUAUGUCUGAGCAUAAGAAGACAAUCACAGCCAUAUCUUGGUGUCCCCACAACCCAGACAUGUUUGCAAGUGCAAGUGCAGAUAGUUCAGUAAUUAUCUGGAACGUGGCUGAACAGAAAGUUGUCGCCAAGCUGGACAAUACAAAAGGAAUUCCGGCCUCACUUAGCUGGUGCUGGAAUGCAGGUGACUCAGUUGCAUUUGUGUCCCACAGAGGCCCCUUGUACAUUUGGACUAUCUCAGGACCUGACAGCGGGGUAACUGUACACAAGGAGGCACAUAGUUUCUUGUCAGAUAUCUGUCUAUUUAGAUGGCAUCCAAAGAAAAAAGGAAAAGUGGUAUUUGGACAUACUGAUGGAAGUCUGUCUAUUUUUCAGACAGGUUCUAAAAGCCAGAAGCAUGUCUUAAGACCAGAGUCUCUUGAAGGGACAGAUGAGGAGGAUCCGGUUACAGCGCUGGAGUGGGAUCCUCUGUCAACUGACUACCUUCUUGUUGCUAACUUACAUAAUGGUAUCCGACUAGUUGAUUCUGAAUCUCUGACCUGUAUCACAACUUUUAAUUUUCCCAGUGCAGCAGCAUCAGUUCAGUGUUUAGCCUGGGUUUCUAGUGCACCUGGAAUGUUUAUAACUGGAGAUUCUCAGGUUGGUGUGUUGCGUAUUUGGAAUGUUUCACGUACAACACCUAUAGAUAAUUUUAAAUUGAAGAAAACUGGUUUCCAUGGUUUGCAUGUGCUAAGUUCUCCUCCCCAAAAAAAGUCAUUUUCAUCACAAUCUCCUAUUAAAAAUCAUCAUACAUCCUCGACAAGUGAGGCAGUUCCUCCUCCAACUUUAACCCAAAACCAAGCAUUUUCUCUUCCUCCUGGUCACGCUGUCUGUUGUUUCAUGGAUGGUGGAGUGGGGCUUUAUGACAUGGGAGCCAAAAAAUGGGAUUUUCUUAGAGAUUUGGGACAUGUUGAGACCAUCUUUGAUUGUAAAUUCAAACCUGAUAACCCUGAUCUUCUUGCUACAGCUUCAUUUGAUGGCACAAUAAAAGUUUGGGACAUAAAUACUUUAACAGCAGUCUACACAUCUCCUGGUAAUGAGGGGGUUAUUUAUUCCCUUUCUUGGGCUCCAGGAGAUCUGAACUGCAUAGCAGGUGCAACAUCCAGAAAUGGUGGCUUCAUCUGGGAUGUCCCAAGAGGCAAAAUGAUCACCCGGUUCAGUGAGCAUGGAAAGAAUGGAAUCUUCUGCAUUGCCUGGAGUCAUAAAGAUUCCAAAAGAAUAGCAACCUGCAGCAGUGAUGGAUUUUGUAUUAUUCGAACCAUUGAUGGCAAGGUUCUUCACAAGUACAAACAUCCAGCUGCAGUUUUUGGCUGUGACUGGAGUCAAAACAACAAGGAUAUGAUAGCUACUGGUUGUGAGGAUAAAAAUGUUCGUGUUUAUUACUUAGCAACAAGCUCUGAUCAGCCACUGAAAGUUUUUACAGGGCAUACUGCAAAGGUGUUUCAUGUGCGGUGGUCUCCUCUGAGAGAAGGAAUCCUCUGCAGUGGCUCUGAUGAUGGUACUGUUCGAAUAUGGGAUUAUACACAGGAUGCCUGUAUAAAUGUUCUUAGUGGACAUACAGCUCCAGUACGGGGACUGAUGUGGAAUCCUGAAAUUCCUUACCUACUAAUAUCAGGCAGUUGGGACUAUACUAUUCGAGUCUGGGACACGAGAGAUGGAACAUGUUUGGACACAGUUUAUGAUCAUGGUGCAGAUGUAUAUGGAUUAACAUGUCAUCCUAGUCGUCCGUUUACUAUGGCAUCUUGCUCUCGUGACUCUACUGUGAGACUCUGGUCAUUGACACCUCUUAUAAAUCCUCUACAAAUAAAUAUUCUAGCAGAUAGAUGUUGGGAUGAGAUUAUUGGUAAUACAGAUCGCGCUGUGGAAUCUGGUGCUCCUCCUUUGCUAUGUGGUAAAGUUUCUAGGGAUAUUAAACAAGAAGUGGAAAAAUUGACAGGAAAUCCUCGAGGAAAAAAACUAAGGUGGUUUUCAGAAUGUUUUUCACCUCCAGGAGGCAGCAAGAAUUUAUGGGAUUUAGUUGCUGUUAUAAAAGGACAGGAUGAUAGUUUGCUUCCACAAAACUACUGCAAAGGAAUUAUGCACAUGAAACAUCUCCUUAGAUUUAGAAUGUCCAAAGCACAAGAAUUGACAACAGUAAAAAUGUCCAAGUUUGGAGGUGGUAUUGGUGCACCAAGCAAAGAGGAGAGACUUAAAGAAGCUGCAGAGAUACAUUUAAGAUUAGGACAAAUUCAGAGAUACUGUGAACUGAUGGUAGAGCUCGGAGAGUGGGACAAAGCUCUCUCAGUUGCACCUGGUGUAUCGAUGAAAUAUUGGAAGAAGUUAAUGCAAAGGAGAGCUGAUCAGUUAAUUCAGGAGGAAAAUGAUGAUGUCAUCCCGUACUGUAUAGCUGUUGGAGAUGUGAAGAAACUAGUUUCUUUCUUUACUUCAAGAGGCCAGCUUAAAGAGGCUCUACUUGUUGCACAGGCAGCCUGUGAGGGCAAUAUACAAAUGCCACCACUCUCCACAACAACUGGGUCUUCAAAUUCUGAUGGAAACAAUACAGAUGAGUAUAAUGAACUCCUACAUAAGGUCAGUAAAGAACUGGCAGAAUGGUAUUUCCAGGAUGGCCGUGCAGUACUUGCAGCAUGUUGCCAUUUGGCUGUUGAAAAUAUAGAGCUUGCCAUGGCAAACCUGAUUCGUGGAAAUGAACUGGAGUUGGCAAUCAGUGUGGGUACCGUCUUAGGAGAAAGUGCCGCGCAAGCAACACAUUAUGCCCUAGAAUUACUAGCAAGAAAAUGUAUGACAGUAACAACAUGGGAUUUAGCAGCUGAUCUUCUUAUGAUGAUUCCUGAUAAUAAACUGCAAUUAGUAAAACUGUGUGCUUUUUAUCCUGGAUGCACAGCAGAAAUAAAUGACCUACAUGAAAAGUGUAAUCUUCCUGAUGUGGAAGAAUGUAUGCAACUGGCAGAGACAACUCAAGCAGAUGGAGAUGUAUUUGAAACUAUAAAGUACUAUCUGUUAAGUACAGAACCAGAAAAGGCUCUCCCUAUUGGCAUACAGUAUGUCAAAGAACAACUUCGUGGCUCAGAUUGGACUUUAGAUUCAGUCUGUCCAUAUCUUGAUCUCCUAAGUUACAUACGCACUGAACGAUUAGUGUUGCAUAAAUGUAGCGAAUUUCGGAAUGAGUUGCUGAUUUUGUGUGGUUACGUUGGUGCUUUGCUUGCUAUCAGAAGACAGUACAAUAGCAUUGUGCCUGCACUUUAUGAAUACACAAGCCAGCUUUUAAAAAGACGGGAAGUAUCUGUACCUUUGAAAAUUGAACAGCUCUCUGAGGAGUUAGAUGCAUGGAGAGCUUGUACUCAAUUAGCCAAGACUACUGAUGAAUUGCCAGGCACGCCGCCUUCUGAUUCACAGAGAACAGUGUAUUCAAUACUGUCGUCACGAAUACAAGAAGAGCCUCUGAAAGGAAUGGUUGGGCCAGACUAUGUCACUGGGUCAAAUCUUCCUAGUCAUUCAGACGUUCACAUCUCUUGCUUGACAGGGCUAAGGAUACAGGGUCCAGUGUUCUUCCUUGAAGAUGGAAAAUCUGCUAUUUCACUGAACGAUGCUUUGAUGUGGGCCAAAGUGAAUCCUUUCUCACCGUUAGGAACAGGAAUACGACUUAACCCAUUCUGAUGAGAUGUUUUCCUCCCUACUUUGUAGUGCUUAAAGUAAUACUCUGUGGGUUAAUACUGAUUUCACCUUGAUGGUCAAAGGACAUAGAGAUAGUUGAUUCCUCCUGAAGGACAAUUACUUGGACUUUGCAAAUUGUAAAAAGAGAACAAGAAAAAUUUUUUUAUAUAUAUGUAUUUGUUGAUAAUCCAAAGAAAAAGUUAUUUGAGAAUCCAAAGAAAAAAGAAGUCCUAACUUAACUGACAGCCAUGUCUUUUUUUUAAUGCAAAUACUGUUGUUAGCCAAUGCAGAUAUAUUUCAGUUAAUUUUGUGUAAACAGAUGCCUUGUAAAGCAAGUAGGCAAAUAUCUGCACAUAAUACUGGUGUAACUGAAACUGUGAAUUUCAUAAAUACACUUUUAAAUACAUAAAUAUAGAAUGACUUAUGAGUAGCCACUGCAACCUAUUUUUAGAAUCAUCAGAAUCCUGCAGCUGAGUUUCAUACAUUGUGUCCCCUUUUUAUUUUUAAUGUAUUGUUUGACAGGAUUCUAUAACAAAAGUAAAAUUUAAGAAGUACUCUAUAUGAUUUUUUUCAUCCAUUAAAUGUUAUGUUUUCACAACAGUACAAAGAUGUUUACUAAUGGCUUGUUUAGGUAUAUUUGAGUAUCUAGAUUAUAAUAUUCUAUUUUCUGAUAAGUUCAUGUUUGUCAACUCUCUCCCUACUGGAGUUACUCUUCCUCACUGGAAGCUAAAAUGUAUUUAUAAACUUUUUUUUUAAAACAAAUGAUUUGUAAAGAACAAACAGCAAAUGUAUUGAAAUUAUUUAAAUACAUUAUGUACAUUUAAAAUAUUUGUUUUCUUUUUAUAUUUUGUAUUAGUUAUAAAUAUGCAUAUAGUAUGAAGGACCAGACACAAACAUUUGGGCAUAUAUUUUUAUUUACUAAUGCUGUGCUAAAAUGGGAAGAAAAUUAUGGCAAUAGACUACAAGAAUAUUUAAAUUUUACAACUGUGUAUAGUAUGAUAUUUAAUCAUAAAGCAAAUCUUACAGUCAGAAUUACUUAUCUGUCCAAAAUGUCCCUUGGCUAUAUUUGUUAGAGCAAUUGAUGGCACAUGAGCAGAAAUUUACAUGACCUGUUGUUAUGUUUUCUGCUGCUGUUGCUUUAAAAUAAAUGUUAAAAUCCCAAUAGUUAUAUAAAAAUUGCAAUUAAAAAAUGACAGAACUACUUCUAAAGAAACUCUUACAAAACUGGAAAUAAUAAAUACUCUUUUGAUAGAUGUAACAUAAUCCUCAACAGAUGGGUAAACAAAUGCCCUCAUUUAACCAACAGAAAUACAGAAACAACCAAGUAGUCUGCUUAAGUCAGAAAGCUUGAAAGAAAUUAAACUCAAGAAUUCUUAUCUUUUUUUUUCCCUUUGUCUUUAGAAAGUUAAAAUUUCAUUUUGUCAAUGUUCUAGAGUAUUACUAUUGGAUUUCUGGUGUAAGACUAUGUUGGAAAAAAAAUCUCAGCUGUUUUAUAAUCUAUACAGAAACAUUUUUGUACAUACUUUAGUGUUGCAGCAGAAUGUUUUAUUUUUUGCAGGUAUUGUUUGGAAAAUGUUUUCCUUUGUUUAAUCGUGUGGAACCCAGGGAAUGAGAGUUGCAUUUCAGAAAUAAAAAUUGAGUUUGCAAAGGAAUUUUCCAGCAGUCAGUAUCUGAUGGGUUUCUUUUGUCAAGUGAAAGAUCAGUUAUCUUUUAGCACAUGAAUCCUAUGUCCUUGUAUGUAAUAGUUGUAAAUACAAAAUUGGUGAGCAAAGGUAAGAACUGAACAUGCAGCCCCCUUUUUGAUUAUUAGGGUAUGAAGAAUUGACGCAACUGCCACUCUGCUAUACUUCGAAUAUUUUUUGGCGUCCUAAGGAUUUUUACUGAUAUUUCACUAUCUGAACAUCUUACAAUAUGUAGUAUAACUGCAUCAAUUUGUGGACUUGUGCCUUAUGGAAUCUGAGA